UCAACACACUUGAUGACUUUAGGGCAGCUAUCCGUGAGUGGUCAGUGCUUAAUGGGAGGGAAAUUUCUUUUGUGAACAUGGUUAUCCACCUCUGAUGACUUUAAUAUGAACGGGUAUUUUCAUGACUAUGCAGAAUGGAUGAGAUGAUGCGUGGUCAAAGAGGAUGGAGGGAGUUAUCAAUCUUGGGAGAUAAGAUAAACAAAUUUAGUGGGAUGAUAGAAGGGUUGAUUUGGUCUCCACGAAGCAGCAAUGGUAUUAGCAGAGCUGAUGAUUGGGCUUUUGAGGAGGGGCCUCAUUCUGAUUUUGCUGGACCAACUUCAGGAAGCACAGCCUGUGUUGCAGUUAUCAGAAACAACCAGCUUCUUGUUGGAAAUGCUGGUGAUUCACGUUGUGUAAUAUCUCGAAAGGGACAGGCAUACAAUUUGUCUAGAGACCACAAACCUGAUCUUGAGAUUGAGAAGGAAAGAAUUUCGAAAGCUGGUGGUUUUAUUCAUGCAGGAAGAGUCAAUGGCAGUUUAAACCUUACAAGAGCUAUUGGUGACAUGGAAUUUAAACAGAACAAAUUUCUUCCUGCUGAAAAACAAGUUGUAACUGCCAAUCCAGAUAUAAACACUCUAUCCGUAUGGAAUUCAACACACUUGAUGACUUUAGUGCUUAAUUUUGGUCACAAUGCUAUGACUUGUAAGGCUACCACUCAGGAUCCCAAUGCACUUAAAAGAAAGAGAAAACCUAAAAAAGGACAUGUGCCAACUGCAACUGAUAUGCCAACUGCAAAUGAUAUGCCAACUGCAUCUGAUAUGCCUGCCCCAACUGCAACUGAUAUGACUGUUCCAACAAAUGUGCCUGUUCCAACUGAUCCACAGCCUCCAACUGAUAUGCCUGUUCCAACUAUUAUGAGUCAAACAGGAUCUAGUGUGGCUGCCUCAAUCACAAAACAAUCCAGAAAAAGGGUUGAAAAAAAACCUAUCAUCAAAAGAAGGCAAAGUGAGAGGAUCAAGUUGAGUUGGUUUAAAAGACCCAUAACAGGUGAAGGAAUAUCUAGUGACAAACCAAUUACCCUACCAGAAAAUGAAGACAUACCCACUUCAAAAUGAGGGACUGAUUAUUAU